AUGACAAAACACAACACUCUAGAAGAUCCAAAUGCUAAUGCCUGUGCCGUACAAAGGGAACAAGAAGAGACCAGACGUAGACGUGAAAAGGAAGACCGCGAGAAAGAGGAACACGAUGCUUAUCUACGCAGAAUUCGUGAACUUAUUCAAGAAGACAAAAAGAGUAAUGCUGAAGCAGCUCUUCUUAAAGGCCAACUAAUUGAACAGUCUGUUGUGACUACUAAAACUCCAAUUGUUCCUCUUCAGUCUACUCAUUGUGCCUAUUUACCUAAAAAGGAAAUUGCCGACCAAAUUACCAUCAAACUUAUUUAUGACGCCAGACUAACCAAUGUUGUUUCCCUCAGCCCCAGCACUACUCUAGCCGAUCUCCAAGCUCAAAUCAAGCAACAUUUCGGACUCAAAAAGUCCAAAAUCUACACCAUUCCCAAAGGAGAACUUGAUCUCAAAAACACCCAACUAACUCUAGCCCAACUUGGCAUUGAGAACAUGGACGUCCUCCACAUCCAAAAGGGAUAA